ACUAGGAGGUUAUGGAUUCAUCCCAUAAAUAGCGACAGACAUUUAGGAGAGCUUUUUUCUUUACAUGAAGAACUUAAAAACUAUCCUGAAAAUUUUUAUUCAUAUUACAGAAUGAAUCAUAAUACAUUUCAGUAUGUGCUGCAGAACAUUCAAGACAAAAUUUCGAAACAGAACACAAAUUUUCGCAGAAGUAUAACAGCAGAAGAAAAAUUGUGUAUAACGAUAAGGUAUCUGUCCACUGGCAUCUCCUUUCAUGCACUAGCAUCGUCAUUCCGAUUAGGAGUGUCCACCGUAUCAGUGUUGGUGAAAGACGUUUGUAUGGCCAUAUGGGAGUCACUUGCUCCCAUUCAUUUACCAACGCCAACUGUUUCUCGAUUUAAAGAAAUUGCCAGUGAAAUGCAUACGAGAUGGGGAUUUCCAAACUGUGUUGGAUGUAUAGACGGGAAGCACAUACGUGUCCAAUGUCCUAAACUUUCUGGCAGCAUGUUUUACAAUUACAAACAGUAUUAUUCGAUUGUACUCCAAGCAGUUGCUGAUGCAAAUUACAAAUUUAUAGCUGUGGAUGUUGGUGCCUACGGUAAACAGUCUGAUGCAGGUGUGUUUAAAGAAAGUAUGUUAUAUAAGAAACUUACAAAUGGGGAGCUGUUAUUACCGCCACCAACAAGACUUGAAGGAAUGUGUCAGGAAUUACCGUACGUCAUUUUGGGAGAUGAAGCUUACCCCUUAUUAGAGAAUUUGAUGAGACCUUUUCCUCGGAGAAAUUUGGACAACGAGAAGAUUCUAUACAAUGAUAUGCAUUCCAGAGCAAGAAAAGUUGUUGAAUGUGCAUUUGGUAUAAUGACCUAUAAAUGGAGACUACUGAGGAAGGAAAUUGAAACAUCCGUUGACGUAGCUGAUCACAUAGUCAAGUGCAUUUGUCUACUUCAUAAUAUUGUCAAUUGUCAUUGACAGAGAAGGAUGCAAUGUUGAAGCUGAAAAGUUUUGUAACAAUGCUGAUAUGCGGACAGCUGGUGCCACAUUCAACAGAAAUUCCACAUUACGUUCGAAAACUGUCAGGAACACUUUUGUUGAAUAUUUCGUUAAAAAUGCAACUUAAAAUAAUUAAAAAACCUCUCAAAUAAAUUUUGGAAUUGAAAGUACUUUGCUAUUUACUGUAUUUUUUUGUAUCUCAUUUCACUGUAAAUAAAACAAAUAAAAUUAUAAAGGAAAAUAAUUUAUAUUUGUGCGUACUAUCUGAAACACACUCCUUGGCUACUUCGUUCCAUAAUCUGGAAACUGCAUCAUUACUGUCAUACUAGCCGAAAUUCUGAUACCAAAUUGAUGGACACAAGUUAAUGUCAUGUAUAUGUUAUUCUGCAUCCAUUAAAGUAAGAACAUCGCAAAAAGAUGUCACAGACAACAGCUUAUAGUAACGUGCCACAACAUGACUUUACAAUGCAUUGUCAUCUGGUAGGGACACAUUUCCGUCCCUCAGUGACACUCAUAUCUGCCUCCGUUUACAAGUAAAUGCGAACUAUUCAGUGGCGGCAAUGCCGCGAUCGCUGGCAAGCUAUUGUUGUAAAUGCAUGUAAAUACGGUAGAUUAAAUAAAUGAAAUAAAAGUAAUUUCGCAUGUACCAUCAUAAUAAACGUAAUUUUUCCUCACUGAUUGUGAAAUGUGAGGUAACAUCUUAAAAUAAAAGACGUGUGCAGUCACACUUGUGAUGAAAGCAGAAGGGAGACGUGUGAUGCGUGUACUGCAGAAGCUGUAGUGCUGCUCCACAGGCUCGCGCCUGCGGUCGGCUCGCGCCGGCAAUAUUAAACACUCGGGAUG